CGACGGGGGAAUUGGGGCCCCUCCAACAGGCGUUCAUGGAGAAAUUUGUGGUCAGUUUUGAGGUCAAGCAUUAGGCUUUGCUGUCGUAGUUGCGCACAAUCACAACACGGCCAACAUACGCUCCCGUGUCACGUCUUUGCCUGGCAAUUGAAUCGUCCCUCGAAGCUUCAGAUCGACUCGAACUCUCCGAGAGGUCAUUGUCUACUCUGCAUUUUUUUUCGGAAAACCGCUAACUAAAUUUAACUUGCUCAUUUGGAUCGCAUCUCUUGGUUCGGUUCGGGUUUGGAUCCGGCACCAUGACUUUGAAGGAACAAGACAGCGGCCAUGCUCGCUCUUCAACCGCCGCCGCCGCCGCCGCCGUCACAACAUCAGCCACAAACACCGGUCCCGUGGCUGGGACGCCGUCCCCGGUAUCACUGCCGGAUCGGAAAGGGGACACCACCGGACUGGAUCCGGACCCCGCAACCGAACCGGCGACCUCCGACAGGCAGCCAUUUCCACAGGCCAAACUCCGCCUAAAGAUCCAGGAUCUCAACCACCCCGGGGCCGCCAAGUUCCUCGGCGCGGUGAACUCGGCCACUGUGCUAUCCACGGCCGUCAACAACGUCCUGAGGCUACUCUAUAGAUCUCCCUCCGACCACCCAAACACCACGGUCCCGCCAACCCGAUCUGUGACCCUCAUCCUGCGUGACAUGGGCGGAGUGGCAUAUACAACAGGGACCGCCCUCGACAAAGACCACAAGGAGAUCCACUUCUCCCUCGCGUACAUCGACUCCAUCAGCCCGCCCUCUCGGCUGGCCGACGAGAUCGCGGGCGUGCUCACCCACGAACUGGUCCACUGCUACCAGUGGAAUGCCCAGGGGACCUGUCCCGGCGGGCUGAUCGAGGGCGUGGCCGACUGGGUGAGGCUGAACUGCGAUCUCGGCCCGCCGCACUGGAAGAAGGAGACGACCGGAGAUUGGGACAGAGGUUACCAGCACACGGCCUACUUCCUGCAGUACCUCGAGGAGCGCUUCGGCGAGGGCACCAUCCGCCGGCUCAACGACAAGCUUCGCCACAGAAAGUACGCGGGUGAGACCUUUUGGCCGGAGCUCUUCGGGCAGUCUGUGGAGGAGCUCUAUGGUGACUAUGUCAAGAGCGAAGAAGGCGGUGACGAGGACGGCGAGUGACCGUACGAACCGACAACUAGACGAGAGAGAGCGGGGAAUGAUAGAGUUGAUCGAGCCCAUAUGGGACGGCGUUUACCUUUGCCUUGGGGAGCUUAG